AUGUCCUCUCAAGUUAAGGAAGAUUUAUAUGGUGUAUCAUGGUCUAAUCCAGCAUGGAGUCACUUCCUUUGUUCAGCAAACGUUCUCGACUAUUUUUGUGACCUUUCCAAUCCCUUUUAUGAUAGGCAGUGUAAUAAUGAGGUUAUUCGUAUGCAAAGACUCCAUCCUGAGCAACUGUUGUGCAUGACAGGUGUUGAGUUUUACCUUCAUCACGCUCAAGAACCCAUACUGUUCAUAAUACGAAAGCAGCAACGUUUAUCUCCAACUCAAGUCACUCCAUUGGCUUAUUACUAUGUGAUUAAUGGGACAGUACUUCAAGCGCCAGAUCUUUCUACUCUCCUGAACUCUCGUUUGUUGACAGCGAUUGUAGGGUUGAAGAAAGUAAUCCAGACAUUAGGUCCUUGUGCUCGGUAUCAUCCUUCAGACGGUUCCUAUUCAUGGGAUGACCCUAAUGUUUUGCUUGGAUAUAAUAAAGAACCAGAUCAAGCUUAUACAAAAUCUCAGUCUACCUCAAAUACUGAAAGAGAUCUAUAUAAAAGUGCAAAUUUAUUUCAAGUUCAAAGAACAGAUACCCUACUUGCUGAUUGGAUGAAUCGUUUUCCUGUCCCAUCGGCAAGUUUUAUUCAAAAUCUGGCCAACUCAGGACAAACAUCAUCUGUACCGACAGUUACUUCUGCAGUUAACGCGAGUGGAGUCGUUUCUCUUACAUCAGCUCAAACCGCAUCUUCUGGGAAAGAAGAAAAUCUUCAGAACAACUGCAAUUCUCCAGCUAAGUUACCUACACGGCUGCCUACAUUACCCGGUGUUUCUGUUGUCCCAGGACCAUCACCAAGCACUUCAACGCAGCCAUCACUGCUUGUAGACCGAAAACCUCGUGUUUAG